GAAGCCGGGUCUAUUCAGAGAUUUAUUGAUAAUUCUUGACUCGUCUGGCAGCAUAGGAUCUGGUAACUUCGAAAUAGUUAAAGAGCAAUUAGGUGAACUUUUAGGCCUGCUGUGUCCAUCCACAGAUCCCUUUAUUUCGAAUAAACGUACUGUUUAUAACCGAGCGGCGCUGAUUCAGUAUUCUAAUAAUGUGGUUGAAGAAUUUGAUUUCAAUGGCAAUCAUAAUUUAGCAGAGCUCAAGGCAGCAAUACAGUCAGUACCAUAUCAAGGAGGAGGUACCUGUACCGGUGAUGCCUUUUAUAAGGCAAUACAAAUGUUAACAUCAUCAAAAGGCAUCCGUCAUGGUACCCAACAUGAAGUUUUAAUUUUUACUGAUGGACAAUCAAACUGCGGAAGAAAUCUUUCAAUUGUAUUACCAAUGUUGCACGCAAAAGCAACUGUAUUUGGAUUAAUGAUUGGUGGACAUACGAAGAAUGGCAAGGUCGAACUCACAUCGUAUGUCAGUCAACCUAUACCGGAUCACUUAUUUGCCGUCGACAACUUUCAAGUUCUGAAAGACCUGCUGAAAGUAAUAAAAGACCAGAUAGAUGAGACAAAUCCAUGCGCACUAUUUGACUUAUCGAAAAAUAAUACUAUAUAAAAGUUUGUUACGAAA